AUGGGCAGUGCCAGCCCCGGGCUGACCACUCUGCCUCCCAGCCGCCUCACCCGGCCGGACGCUGCCCUGCUGCCCUCACCCCAGGACCCUGACACCCAGAGCUGGUGCUGUCCGGAUAGCCCCAGCCCCCCUGGCACCCCUGAGCAGCCCCUGCCUGCUUUCUGCCUGCACUACUUCGACAUGCUCUACUCUGAGGACAUCCCCUGGGCCACCAAGGGCAUGGGGGAGCCAUCCCAAGGUGGUGCCCAGGGAGGGCGGGGGGAGGCCCAGAAGGAGCCAGAGCAAUGUCCUAUCAUCGACAGCCAAGGCUUGGGGUUGGGGGCCGAGGGGGACCUGGCCCUGGUGGAGCACUCACUGGAGCAAGUCCAGAGCAUGGUGGUGGGUGAGGUGCUGAAAGACAUCGAGACGGCCUGCAAGCUCCUCAACAUCGCUGCAGAUCCUGUGGACUGGAGCCCAGGCAAUGUGCAGAAGUGGAUCCUGUGGACCGAGCACCAGUACCGGCUGCCGCAGGUCGGGAAGUGCUUCCAGGAGCUGUCGGGCAAGGACCUAUGUGCCCUGUCCGAGGAGCAGUUCUGCCAACGCUCCCCUGCCUGUGGGGACAUCCUGCACGCCCACCUUGACAUCUGGAAGUCUGCCGCCUGGAUGAAGGAAAAAGCUGCCCCAGGAGAUGUGAGAUACUGCGGAGGUGAUGCCAGCUGGGCAGACAGCGAGGUGGACUCGUCCUGCGCGGGCCAACCCAUCCACCUCUGGCAGUUCCUCAAGGAGCUGCUGCUGAAGCCGCACAACUACGGACGCUUCAUCCGCUGGCUCAACAAGGAGAAAGGCAUCUUCAAGAUCGAGGACUCGGCGCAGGUGGCACGGCUGUGGGGCAUCCGCAAGAACCGCCCGGCCAUGAACUACGACAAGCUGAGCCGCUCCAUCCGCCAGUACUACAAGAAGGGCAUCAUCCGCAAGCCUGACAUCUCCCAGCGCCUCGUCUACCAGUUCGUGCACCCAGUCUGA